CACCGGGAGUGGGCGGGCUGUCUGGCUCUCUACUCCCAUCGUUCUCGGGAGUUUUGUCCCCGGGACGCGAGGGCUGUCGGAAUCGACUCAGGAAGCUUCCGGUUCCGGGGAGGUGCCGAGGUUUCCUCAGUAGGGGCUGCGCGGUCCGGCGAGGAUGGCUGUCGCGUCGCUGCUGGUGUUCGGGGGUUUGUGGAGCGCCGUGGGAGCCUCCAAUCUGGCUGUGGUUACUUGCGGUUCUGUGGUGAAGCUACUCAACACGCGUCACAACGUGCGGCUGCACUCCCAUGACGUGCGCUACGGAUCAGGUAGUGGGCAGCAGUCAGUGACAGGUGUGACCUCUGUGGAUGACAGCAACAGUUACUGGAGAGUUCGGGGGAAGACUGCUACAGUGUGUGAGAGGGGAACCCCUAUCAAAUGUGGCCAGCUCAUCCGGCUGACCCAUGUCAACACUGGCCGGAACCUCCAUAGUCACCACUUCACUUCACCUCUUUCUGGAAACCAGGAAGUGAGUGCUUUUGGUGAGGAAGGUGAAGGUGAUUAUUUGGAUGACUGGACAGUGCUCUGUAACGGGCCCUACUGGGUGAGAGACAGUGAGGUGCGGUUCAAACAUUCCUCCACAGAAGUAUUGCUGUCUGUCACGGGAGAACAAUAUGGUCGACCCAUCAGUGGGCAAAAAGAAGUGCACGGCAUGGCCCAGCCAAGCCAGAACAACUACUGGAAAGCCAUGGAAGGCGUCUUCAUGAAGCCCAGCGAGCUGCUGAGAGCAGAAGCCCACCAUGCGGAGCUCUGAGUCCGGAGGCACCGAGCCACUCUCACCACACAGUGUUCAUGGACACCUGCAGUCAUCCCAUCCGGAAUCCUGGACACAAGUUCCCUGGACUGUGGCCGUGUCCCCUCUGAGAUGAGGACAUUUCACAGAAAACAGCGGCCGUGCUGGGAAGCUUCAGCCCUUCACAGUUGAACUGGUCGCUCUCAGACUUGGGUUGGUUCUUUCUGAGGACUUGAUGGAGGGGCAGAUGCUUUUUCUUCAUAUUGAUAAAACCAAGGUUAAUGUCCCUCUGGGUUGGGAAGUUUUUACUCUUCAAGAGUUGGCAUCGUGUGACUUUUCCCAUUUUCCUUUCCCAAAAAUGAUAAAGUAAGAAAUGUA